AUGGGGCGCCCACCGGCCGACGAGCACCUCCCGGAGGUAGUUCCGCACCAGCCUCAGCCAGCGCCGUUUCCAGAAGUCGUGCCGGAUUCAUCACCCGAGGCAGCAGAGGGGCAGCGGUACUACAUGCCAUCUGACAAGUAUCCGGCGUAUUAUGACACGGCACCGAAACUACCGCACGAAGAGCCGUCGAUGGGCCACAUUGGUCAAGAUCCGUACCAGCAACCAUGGCCGGAAACUGACCCGACAGUUAGCGCUAUCAGUCCAAACAGCUCGGUUCCCUGGCAAUCGUUCCCCUCCGGCGGCGAUGACCAGCAGACAUGCGUCGGCAGUGAGCCAGAACGAGAAAAGCGCAUAUGCGGGUGUAGCAAACGGCUAUUCAUUAUCAUUGCCGUCAUCGUCGGACUGGUGAUUGUUGGAGCGGCGGUCGGUGGCGGCGUGGGCGGCUCCAUGGCAGCGAGGCAGGCAUCAGAGACGGCAUCGGCUUCAGGGACUGGCGCAACCGGCGCUGCUGUUGGCACAACGACAGCAACAGCAACAGCCUCGUCAACAUCCAGCGCCCCCUCGCCGACGAUUACGUCUCUCCUGGAUCAGACAGACCCAGCCAUGUUUCAGACGUUCAUGUUCCAGGCAUGGCAAGGCAACAACUUCACUGGUCAACGCACCGAUAUCCUCUGGGAAGAGGGCUACUACAACCUUGGCUUUAAUGCCACGAGUUACAUCUGGGUUCAAGAGGUGGUCAAGUGCUGCCUCACGUUCUGCGCCGACGAGACGAAUGACCUGGGGUGGUAUUGCGACGCGCGACGCAGAAACGCCACGGAUGACCCAGCGGGCUUCCCGCGGCUUGCGAUCUGUACAAGCCCGCCCACGAUGCUCCAAUCCACCCACCAACUCGCGCCCGGCGUUCUCCUACCGCUCCCCCAAGGCUGGACCGAACACAAGGCGCCAACAGGGCACACGUACUAUUACAAUGCGACAACAAAGGAAAGCACAUACAAGAGGCCGAGCAUUGCGCCGCCUGCCGCCGUCCCAAUGCCUGUCCCGGCGGCAGCGCCAUCGUCGGUGAUCCCGGCCAUGACCAGCUACGUUCAGCAUCAAAUGGUCCCUCAGAUCAACCUCUCGGACCCAGCUGUCGCGAACGCAUUCAUGGCCCAGUAUGGCCAGCCACAACAACAAGGUCAGCGCGGAAGCUUUGGCGCCGGAGGCAGAGGCGGGUUUCAACCCAGGCCGCGCCCGCAGCCUGUCGACAAGCCGCGGUCAAAGGUGGCUAUUCCGGAUUGCGAACCGUGGGUCCUCGUCUACACCAAGUUCGGCCGCCGUUUUGUCUACAACCCCGUAAAGAACGCGAGCUACUGGCGCAUUCCCGAGAAGCUCAUGCCCGCCAUCCUUGAGCUUGACAAGGCGCGCAUCCGGGAAAUGGCCGAGGGGAAGACGCCGGACCAGCAGGGACCAAGAAAAAUAGAAGAAGGCGCCGGAAAAUCCGCGUCACCCCCCACUGAAGCGCACCAAGAGGAGGCGGCGCACGACUACGACAGCUCCGAGUACGAAGAAGUCGAAGUGACAGACGACGAGGGCGCCGAAGACGACGACCAAGACGGAGAAGGCGGCGCAGGCAAACGACAGCGCACCGAGGAGCCCGCCGCCGUCGACGAUGGCCCUGCCGAAUUCACCGAAGCCGACAUCGCCGCGCAACUCGCCGCAAUGGGCGCCGAGUACGACGACAUCGAGAUGGGUGAGCGUGGCGACGACGGGGGCUGGGAAGAAGGCGACGAGGGGCUCCCGUUGUCCGACGAAGACGCGCGCGAGCUCUUCAAGGACCUGCUCAACGACUUCGGCAUCAAUCCGUACAGCCCCUGGGACAAGCUCAUGGAAGAGGGCAAGAUCUUUGACGACGCGCGGUACACGGUCCUACCAACGACUAAGGCGCGCAAGGAAGUCUGGGAGGAAUGGUCGCGCGCCAAGAUCCAACAGCUCAAAGAGCAGCGCGCCAAAGAAGAAAAGAAGGACCCGCGCAUCCCCUACAUGGCGUUCCUGCAGGAAAAAGCCACGCCUAAGCUGUACUGGCCCGAGUUCCGGAGGAAAUACAAAAAGGAAGACGCCAUGAAGGACCCAAAAUUGUCGGACAAGGACCGCGAGAAGUGGUACCGCGAGCACAUUCACCGGCUGAAGUUGCCGCAGGCGACGCUCAAGGCCGACCUGAAGAAGUUGCUCGAGUCGGUGCCGCUGUCGGCGCUCAACAACCAAACGCUCAUCUCGCACCUCCCACCCCAAAUUCUGGCGGAUAUCCGGUACAUCUCGCUGGACCCCAAGGUGCGCGACCCAUUCGUCGAAGCAUACAUCCAGGGCCUAGGCCCGCCAUCCGAGACGGGCGAAGCCGGCCCGGAGCAUGAGGACGAGGCAGCCAGAAAGGCGCGGGACGAGCGGUGCAAGCGGGAGAAGGCGCUCGAGGAGCGGGAGCGGGCCGUGGCCGAGGAGAAGAGGCGACAGGAGAAGAAGUUGCAUUUUGAGCGGGCACGGCUGCGGGACGAGGAGCGCGAGCUGGAGCGGGCGAUGCACGUUGACAAACGGGGGUUACAGAGUCAGUUGGUAGGGAAAGGGAAGGGGGAAUAG